GGUAUUUAAUGCCAUUUUUAGCUUAGAAAAAAGAUGCUUUGAUGCCUUUGAUGCACGCCAAAUGCACGCUUUCCGCACUUAUCGUGAGCGAAAAGCGCGGCAAAUUUUCAACUACAAAGACCAAAGCUCUUAUGACAGAAGUUGUGACCGGUCGUGCAAGGAACCCAAGUACAAACUCGCAAUUUCUAAAUGUACACUCGAAUUGUGCCGUUUCUCCGAACGUGAGAUUUUCGUGCGUUACGAGCGAUGGGGAUGUGGAGGACGUCAGUCGUUACCGCGUCGGAUCGUAUAUUCCCCGGUCUGUCGCAUUACGAUCGAAAGAAGGAAUUUUAUGACAUAGGAAAUCGGAUACAGUCCAGCUUACCGCUCCAAAUGGCCUUGUAUUUUAACGUGUGGGUAUAUCCCCUGUGGUUCUUUGUGAUACUCAUCAAUUUGGACGCAAAAUACUAUCAUCUGACGGACGUGUACAAAUUUAUAACUGUAGCUGUAUUUAUUGUCAUAUCGAUAUUGGAAGGUGUACGGUUGUACCUGGGGUAUCUUGGAAACUUGGCGGAGAAGAUUCCAGAAUUGGCGAGCUUCUGGCUGAUAUCCACCCUCAUACACUUCCCUUUAGAAAUGUUCCUUCUUUUCGACAGUAAAACCAAACCUCAUCUUAGCGAGACGAUUAUCAACGGUAUCAUGGUGUUCUUGCUCGUCACGGAGAUUAUAACAGCUACUGUAGCUUUAAAGAAAUCGGCAGACCAUCACGCCAAGAGAUUUUAUAUCGCACAGUUAUAUGGAAUUGACGAUAGUGGACGUUGAGUAUUGUGUAUUCACUCUAUUUAUUUCAAAAUUUGGCAAUGUUAUUGCGCUGACAGUGUUAUUGCAUCAUUAACAUGCUAAAAAGACUUAAUGUAACAUGAAUACGAAUGAUAUGUUACAUUUGAAUAAGAACUAAUCUUUGUACUUGAAAAAUCUACAGAAAUUAAUAAAUAAGAAUUUACGAUUUAAUGCAAAA